AUUACGCCUCUCCAGCGCAUCUUUGGGUGUGAACGCAACGACAUCUCCGCCUUUCGCGAAACCCCCUCCUUUCCUGAGCUGAGUAUCACAUUCACACAGUAACUCCAUAGAUCACUCCUCAUACACCAUCCUGCUCAAAAAUAAUAAAGGACGUUAAAGAAAAGACCUGACAACAAGGCGAGCAAUGCUAUCUUCUGACAAUGCCUCAUCACCACCUUUGAGAGUGAAGCAGGAUGAAUUUCAUCUUCUACACAUUUCUGGCAUACUUUUAUUUGGGAUCGCAAAUCUUCCUUCUCCAUACUCUCCUUCUACUCCAGCCCGCUCAUUCUCACCCGCAGCCCUGUCACAUCCUAGCGCGGAUAGGACACACCGUGCGCCUGGGUGCGCUCCUGCCUCCCCGCCAGUCGGUCCGGGUGCGGGCGGCUCUCCACCGCGCCCUCAGCGGUCUCGCCGAAAGCGGCAACAACUUUCUUCCGUACAACUUGAGCCUGGACGUGGUGGCUCGAGAAGCCCAGAGCGGAGACCCCGAGUCGCUCUUCAGGUGUGUGUGUCAGGAUAUUGUGGUCCAGGGGGUCUCGGCUGUGCUCGCCUUCCCUCAGACGCAAGAGGAAAUAGUACAAAUGGAAUUUAUGUCUUCUUUUUUGGAAAUCCCUUUUAUAAGCAUCAUUGAGCACGGAGAACCCCUCAAAACUCAGAAUCGUUUCCACUUGCAGAUGACGACUCGUAUUCCUCCAUCGGGAUUAGUGGAGCUACUUCUGGCCGUUUUGCAGCGCAGUGGCUGGGAAGAGAGCAUGGCAGUUCUUUGCCAUGGUUGGGAGGAUGCUGGUCUUCUGGAUCUCCUAAAACUCCAAGGCCGCUUUGGCUGGGGACCUUCACAAUGGCACCUGCGGGCCGCUCUUAAUCUCUCUCACAGCACAGCUCGCAUGGCUAACAUUUCUGACUUCCUGUCUGAGCACUUUAAUCUGGACCAUUCUCCUCCUGCCUCAGUCCUGCUUUUUGGGGCUGACCCGGAGUGUGCCUCAUCAGUUCUGCGCAGCGCGCAUGACCUGGGGUUGACAUUGCCCACUGUACAUUGGAUUAUGGGACAUCCUUUAAGCCCAGAUGCUCUUCAUUCCAUUGGCCUGCCUUUAGGACUGCUGGCCUAUGGAGAGGUCGACCACAAACCACUGGAUUUCUACAUUAGUGAUGCCCUGCAGUUGAUCAACAGAGCUGUUACAGCUGCAACUGUUGUACGGCCUGAUCUAGCUCUUAUCCAAAAUAUGGUCAACUGUUUUGACAAACCCAACAAACACGAACUACCCUCAUCAGGACAAUACAUUGCCAGGUUCCUCUCUAAUACAUCCUUUGUAGGGUUGACAGGCCCUGUCAUCGUUCAACGCAACCUUUCUCGUGUACACACGUCUCAUAAGGUCCACAUUUGGAGUCUUCGACGGGAUGCCGUCGGUCAGCCUACGUGGGUAACUGUAGGUAGCUGGGAAGGUGGUAGGUUGAAUGUGGAGGAACAGGGCUUAUGGCAAGGCUCAUCACCUCGGCAGCGCACGGAGGGCCAGAUGGGCAGGGAAGGACGUAGAUGGCGAGCUGGCUUUCCUGUGUCUGGGAGUCGUCUACGUGUGGUCACUCUGGUGGAGCACCCGUUCGUGUUCACUCGAGAGGUAGAUGAGGAUGGAAACUGUCCUGCUGGGCAAUAUUGUCUGGAUGCAGGAACAAACAGUUCAGAAACCUUAGAUCAUUUGUACGCUGAGCGGGCUCAAGGCAACAAAAGCUUCUUGCCACCGGAUUACAGCAAGUGUUGCUACGGAUACUGUAUUGAUUUAUUGGAGAAGCUGUCAGAAGACAUGAACUUUGAGUUUGACCUGUACAUAGUUGGAGAUGGGAAAUAUGGGGCUGUCAAGGGAGGGCAGUGGACAGGUCUGGUGGGUGACCUCUUAAGUGGAGUAGCUGAUAUGGCUGUUACCAGUUUUAGCAUCAACUCGGCUCGCAGUAAGGUGAUUGAUUUCACUAGUCCAUUCUUUUCAACAAGUUUGGGAAUACUGGUGCGCAGUAAAGACACAGCAGCACCUAUUGGAGCAUUCAUGUGGCCUUUACACUGGUCCAUGUGGAUGGGAAUUUUUGUGGCGCUGCACAUUACAGCACUGUUCCUCACUCUCUACGAAUGGAAGAGUCCCUUCGGCAUGACGCCUCAUGGACGAAACCGUGUAAAGGUCUUUUCCUAUUCUUCAGCCCUCAACCUCUGCUACGCCAUCCUCUUUGGCCGCACAGUCUCUAGUAAGACACCAAAGUGUUGGACUGGACGUUUCCUCAUGAAUCUAUGGGCCAUAUUUUGCCUGCUGGUUUUGUCCAGUUACACAGCAAACCUAGCUGCAGUGAUGGUUGGGGAAAAGACCUUUGAAGAAGUGUCGGGAAUACAUGAUGCCAAGCUUCAUCACCCCUCUCAGGGAUUCCGAUUUGGCACAGUUCGGGAAAGCAGUGCAGAGGAUUAUAUGAAAAAGAGCUUUCCUGAGAUGCACGAAUAUAUGCGGAAAUUCAAUGAACCUACCACACCUGAUGGAGUCGCCACUCUAAAGACAGAUCCGCCUCAACUUGAUGCGUUUAUCAUGGACAAAGCCCUGCUGGACUAUGAGGUGUCCAUUGAUGCUGACUGCAAGUUACUGACAGUUGGUAAACCCUUUGCAAUUGAAGGCUACGGGAUCGGUCUUCCCCAGAACUCACCUCUAACCUCCAACAUAUCUGAAUUCGUCAGCCGUUACAAGUCAGAUGGCUACAUGGACAUGCUGCAUGACAAGUGGUACAAGGUGGUGCCGUGCGGAAAGAGAGUUUUUGCUGUUACCGAGACACUGCAGAUGGGGAUUCGUCACUUCUCAGGGUUAUUUGUGUUGCUGUGUGUUGGUGUGACUGGGGCCUUACUUACUCUGGCAGGAGAGCAUGCCUUCUAUCGCCUGGUUCUUCCACAUAUACGCCGCAAACAGAAGUUCAAAUACUGGCUUCAUACUAGUCAGAAAAUCCACAGAGCACUGAACAUGACUUACGAGGAUGUGAAACGGCAGCGGGCAAACACAGAGAAAAGCUGUAACAUUCAGAAAGCCCAGCCGCAUCCUCCACCUCAACCUGCUCCGCUUGGAUCAUUUGCCAGGUGGAACAACGAGAGUGCCAAGGUAGCACAGGAGCCUAAAGACAACAAGAGGGUCCAUUUCAACCUGGAGACCCUCAACACCCGUCGACUCCUCCCCCGAGUUGUGUCAGACGGGGGCCAAACCAGCUCCGCCUCCACGUUGAGUUCUGGGGCUGGGAGUUUAUUGGCGAGAGUGUGUGAAAAUGGGGGGCCUGUUCAGCGGGCCACCUCGUCAGUGAGAUCCUCGAGCCCCUCCGGACAGGACGAGCUGGAGGAGCUCCAGACGAAGAUUGAGGAAAUCCGUGGACAUUUGAAAGCUGCUCUGGCUCGCAGGGCUGAACUUCAGACAACACUGGCUAAAGAGAGAGCGGCUGCUGCUCUCACCACGGCAACAACGACUGCUCCGCCCACAGUCACAGCUACCAUUUGCCCCGCCCUCACCAAAGAGCCGACAGAUUUAAAAAGGUGAUGCUCACAUUACGAGCAGUAUGAACAUUGUUAAAAUGGACAUGUUUUUUUAGCGUUUGCC